AUGUUGUCGUUCGAACAGCCAAUGUUUUCAAGGAAGUUGUCGUUUGGAACGCUUGUCGACCUGAGCGAGAAGAACAGUCUGGGACAAGAUGCAAUCCGACCUCGCAUUGCCAUUGUCGGGGCAGGGAUCACAGGCGUUUCGACAGCGUGUCACAUCCUUGAUGCUGGCUAUGAAUGCCACAUUUUCGAGGCUGGUGACGAGGCUAGUGUUGGUGGUAUCUGGGCAAGAGUCAACGACACCUCGACGCUCCAGAUCCACUCUCAGUUCUACCGCUUCCACGACGCGGUGUCAUGGCAGAGCGACUAUCCAAAUCGAAAGGAGAUACUGGGGCAAGUCUCGAGCCUGUGGGAACGCUACGAUCUCGGUUCUAGGACAACCUUCAGUUGCGAGGUUACAAGCACCUACCAGGAGGACGACGGCAAGUGGGUGGUCAAUGACCCUGCCAAUGGAUACUUUGAUGGUCUUGUAGCAGCAGUUGGUACUUGCGGAGAAGUGUACACACCGGCCAUGGUGGGUCGAGAGUGCUUCAAGGGUCAAGUCCUGCAUUCUUCAGAGCUUGAUCGCAACGCUGUGAAGGGCAAGAAUGUCCUCAUCGUGGGUGGAGGCGCCAGCGCGGUAGAAGCCCUGGAGUUUGCUUGCGACAAUGGCGCGGCGACGGCGAAGGUACUGGCGAGGUCAGAAAGGUGGUUUAUCCCGCGACACCCUACGCUUAAUGCAUGCUUGGCAGCGACGAUCGGCGACAAAUGGGGGAUUUUGUCGUACAUCCUCGAAUUCCUGCUUCGACUCUUCUUCUAUAAAGACCUCUCGGCGAUGGCGCCACCUGCGAACUUCGAGGGCAGCCUUUUCUCUGGAACGCCCAUUGUCAACAACCGGGUCUUCUCUCUCAUGCGGCAAGGCCGCGCCAGCUGGGUCCGAGGCGACGUCGAAUGCUUCACGCCGGAGGGCAUCCAAUUCUCAAGACGCGUUGGCGGCGCAAAGAAGGGGACAUCAGGUGCCAGAGUGAUUGAGCAAGGUGAAGUUUGCAUCCUAGCGACUGGCUACACACGUCCAUCUCUGAGGUUUCUGCCGAAGUCGAAGUCCUCGGCCAAGUAUCAGAAAAAUUGGUACCUGCAGUGUUUUCCGACCGAUAACCCGACGAUGUGCGCGACCAAUUGCACAUGGAAAGAUGGCAUUGGCAGUGUGGGAGGCUGCCACAUCGGGGUCUACACUCGUUUCCUACUUGUCUUCCUGCUCGAUCCUCGAACGGCACCAUCGGAAGGCAUGAUGAAAGCAUGGGUCGGUCUGGUGCACAUACUCAAGAAGCCAUGCACAGGCGGCGCGUUGGCCUUUGUCACUUCUGCGGAACUCUUUUUCUGGUUCCUGGCAGUCAUACUCCUCCAGCCCGCGCUUUGGCCGUGGUUGAGCUUCAUACUGGCAGGCCCAGGACCAGAUCCAGAUCCCAGGGCCUCGCAAAAGGCUUGGAGACAGGCGAUAGAUACCGCGGCGCCUCUAGUCAAGGCUGGAUAA